AUGAGAAAACUACUUACAAUUCUCAAAAAUUAUUUUCCAACUUUAGAAAUUCACAAUUUUCUGGAUUUGACGAUAUCAAUGUUGAAGUAUGUUGGAUUUGAAAUUGAAGACUCAUACAAUGGAUGCUUAUUCUACUGGCUUGUGGUUAUCAACUUGACAGGCGCAACUAUCUCAUCUGGAGCUUCAAUUUUCUCAAAACCAUUCGACAUCGAGAAAAUCACUUAUGGCUUACCAGUUGUGGCGUCUACUUUAAUGAUCAUCCUCAAAUCAAUUGUUUUAUUUAUAAAUAAGGACAAAAUUUUAAUGAUCAUGAACGAAUUGAAGAGCAUUAACCAAGAACAAGGCACAAAUAGCUCAAAAAUGUUCACAAAGUUCUUCUAUGGAUACUUAUUAUCCCUAUUAAGUCCAUUGAUUGUCAACAUAAUGACGCCAAUUGUGAAAAUUCUCGUGUCAGGUGAGAAAACUUUUCCACUUGACAUGAAGUUUCCGGUCGAUGUGACGAACAACUUUAUUUACCCACUAGUAUUACUAUGGACGUACUGGAAUCUUAUCAAUGGCUUUAUUAUCUUUUUUGCAACCGAUGUUCUACUUUAUAGCUUCAUCCGCAUAAUUUCUAUUGAAUUUGAAACUCUACAGCAUAGUUUUGAGAAUUUAAAUAUCAGUGAGACAAGUGAUGAGCUUAAAACCUUGAUUUGUCAUCAAAAUGAGUUAUAUGAUGCAUGCAUAAAGCUUGAGAGAAUUUUUUCAAUAACAUUCUUCUAUAAAUUCAUCAUCAGUUCAUUUGUCAUCUGCUUUACCGCAUUUCAAUGUUCAACAUCAUCAGACACGUCAAAAAUACUCGUAAAUAUGACAAUUUGUAUAGCAAAUUUCAAUCAGAUUGGCUUGCAGUGCUUCUUCGGGCAAAUGUUGAAGAAUGCUAGUGAAAAUGUCACCAACAGCAUUUACAAUUGUCAAUGGGAGAAUUCAACAAACAUGAACGUAAAGAGGUUACUAAUAGUUUGCAUUGCUAGAUCUAAUCGACAUGUUGCAUUGACGACACUGAAGUUUAGUGAGAUUACAUUUGAGCAGCUGACAUAUAUUCUAACAUCGACUUAUUCAUAUUUUACCGUCUUGAGGCAAAUAUACGUCAAUAAUAAGUUGGAUUAA